CAACCACAACAAGGAAAGAUGUCAAGAUGGCUGAGCCACUGGCUUCAUUUUCCGCAGACCCAUUGGAGGAGGAUUUUAAUUUCUGUGGUGCUAGCAGGACAAGAUCAUAUGGGAAUUUCAAUGCGCAAAAUUUAAUCCCAGAAGAUGUAAGAGACAGUUCGAGCUUGUUGAGCGAAGAGUCAAGCUCAGCCACUACUGUGAGGGGUGAGUACGCCGUGCAUUCACCAUCAAGAUUAGUGACAGGAGAGAACAGAACAAAACAUAGAAAGGUUUUUGUAAGCCCUAGGCAUAAGCUCAGUACUAACGAAGAGAAGAACAGAAGUCUGCCAAAUCCAUCAAAGCGAAAACCUUCUCAUUACUCAAAUUCUAUUCUCCAGGAAGAGAUUGGUGCACAAAACAGUUGGCAGUUUGAGGAAAGAUAUGCUUCUGUUGAUAGAAGCUCUGUUACCACUUCAUUCUGUCAAGAUUUAGAGGCAGAUUUUUCAGUCUUCGGCCGCAAGACUAGAGCUGAAGAUCCUUUUAGCGUAUUUACUACCCCUAAUUACAAGCCUAGGCCUUCCUUUGGUGGAUUUAAAAAUGCUGAAAAUAUGGAAGAUUCACCUCCUUGCAAUUUUACCUCGGAAAAGUUUUCUUUUGAUUGUUCAACUCCAUUCACGAGUUUUCCAUCCUGGCCAACCAGCCCAAGUUUAUCUCCACAAUUUCCCUUCAAAGAAGGGCCUCAAGACAAUGGUGCUUUUCAUUGCGAGACUUCAUCUACUGAUAUGUCAGUACAAGGAAGUGUGAGCAAAGGGGAUAGGGAAAUCAAAUCGAAAAAAGACAGACACAAUUUUUUUGAGCAAGAUAUUUUCAUGGGGGAUAAUGAAUUAUCCUCAGAAAAGAAAUUGGAAGAUGGUCCAAUUUCCGAUAAUCAUGUGCAUGAAAGUGAAGGCACAGAGGAAACAAAUCCUAAGACAACAGAGUGUCAUGAAACUGCUGAUUCUCUUGUUCAUGCCGAGGAGAUAUCAUCGUCACUGAAGAUACCUGACAAACAUGAAAGCCAAGAAGAUAACAGAAAGAACAAUUGUAAUGCUGAAAAAGAAACUCCCAUUAAAUGUAAGAUUACAGAUGGAGAAAUGAAAAUGAGUCCACCUGAAGGAAGAAACAGGGUGAAUGGAAAACAUAUUAAUGAUCAAAUUUACUUGUCGUCGGGCCAGGUGAUGUUUGAAAGCUAUGUCCUUCAUUUGCGUGUUCAGAAGGUAUUGAACGGAGCUUGUACAACAACAUCCAGAUGGAAUAACGCCUUCCUCCGAGCCGGUGGCAAUAGAAUUUCUCAUCAGAUUUAGAGAAAAAAAGGAACAAUAAACUAUUUUCAACUAUUUUCUCCUGCGAUUCAUUGUUAAACAGUUAUCUGACUUUCUCAGAUAUGUUUUAAAUUGGUACAUCCAUACAAGUAUGUUCUGUGUUAUGUGUAGUGUUUAAGGUAAGACUUGCGCAUCGAAAAAUGUAUAGUUUAAUGCAUACCUAGUACAAUGAGAACUCAUGAUAUUGCCAAUUAAGUAUAUUUUAU